AAUCCACACCGUCCCGCGCUGAGCUGUGAGGGAGACCCACAGAUGUCUGUCAGCUGGAGGGUGCGGGUCUCGGUGCUGUUAUCAAGCGGCGUUCCUUUUGGAAUAUCUCGAGAAAAGGGGGAGGAGGGGGGAGUCAGUUGAGGAGAAAGUUCACAGUUCUGCGGACAGUCAACACCGAGUGAAAGCGAACCAUGGCGGGCAAAGGGAGAGCGUGUUCCUCCGGUCAGAGCCAGCAGCUCCUGGACUCCUCGGACUCGGAGGCAGAGCCGGUUCGAGUGGCAGGUACCGGGCUGUCCGCCUGCGCCUUCCCCCGCACUCAGGUCAUUCACAGCGGACACUUCAUGGUGUCGUCCCCCCACAACGACUUUUCGCGCAGGACGAAAAGCGGCGGGUCCACGAGUUAUGACUUCGACACGGUGAACCUGACGUGGUGCCAGACGUACCGGUACGGUCCUCUCAGCUCCGGGAGCCUCAGCAUAGACCCCACGCUGACCCGCCUGUUCGACUGCAUGUCCCUGGCCUACAGUGGUAAGAUAGUCUCUCCCAAGUGGAAGUCUUUUAAGGGUCUGCGGUUGCUGUGGAGAGAUAAGAUCCGUCUGAACAACGCCAUCUGGAGAGCCUGGUUCAUUCAGUAUGUAGAGAAGAGGAAGAACCCAGUGUGUGGGUUCGUCACACCGCUGGAGGGCUCAGAGGCCGACUCGCAUCGGAAGCCUGAGGCAAUUGUACUAGAGGGCAGCUACUGGAAAAGAAGGAUUGAGGUGGUGAUCAAGGAGUAUCACAAAUGGAGGAUUUACUAUAAGAAGAGGCUUCAGAAAAAGAAGGAUGAUAUUCUAUCAAUGUUUCAAGAGGGUCAGAUCUGCCAGGCCAAGCUGGAUAAAUGGUCCACUGAGAUGUACCAGGAGCCUGAGGCAGCGCCGGUGGAGGUCCACAUGUUUGACCUGGACUGCCUUCUGUCGGACAUCUCAGACACACUAUUCACCAUGACGCAGAAACCCUGUCCCUGGGCCAGUGAGCGGCACGACCCGUACAUGAGCAACGCUGACAUCAUCCAGCCAGGCCUGACUCCACUGCAGCCUAACCUGGAUGAUUUCAUGGAUAUACCAGAUAUCUUUAUGAACUUCCGGGGCCAGCCCUCUGAGCUGACUAGUUUUGCUGACUGUGGCUAUUUUGAGAGUUCACCCAGCACAGCGUUUGCCCCCCUCUCCUCCCCCGUGGGGACAACUCCACAGCACCUCAUCGACAGCCAGCUGGCUCAGCCCAAUCUGUCAUCUGACAAUUUGCCUCAGCCCUCCUCAUCCAAUACCCAGUCAGACCAGGCCAGGCGGAGCCAGGACUGCAGUGAAUACCACACGUCUAGCAUGAUUUCAGACAGCAUGCCCUAUGGACACCAGUCAUACCCUGAUCCAGCUGUUUCUAUAGCCUUCAGCAGCAGCAUUGAGCAGCCGCCCUCUUCCACUAUCCCCUUUCUGUAUCCGCUGCCCUGCCACAAGUUCGGUUACUACACGACGACCAGCGUGACCCCUACUGUCAUCACUCACACCGCCUCCACAGCGGGGGCCCAGGGCUCCGUGCACCAGGGUCACGGCUACCCUCACACAGAGGACACUUACCCCCAGAGUCCCUGCCACUCUCUCAGUUACCAGGCGACGCUGCCCUCUGUCACAGCGGCACACUGCUUCUCAGUCCCGGAGCAGCUGGCUGUCUCAGGGGUCACAGGGAAGCACAAGCAGAAGACAGGGGGUGGGAGGACGGGAGGCCACACUGCAGCCCCGUCCACUGCACCCCCACCCACUAGCUGCCUGGCUAAGCUGCUCUCUUCAAAGUCCCGUGAAAGGAAGCCAUCACUAGGAUUCGAUGCUACUCUACAACCAAAAGGUCAGAGGCCAUCAUCUCCAAGCCCCUCGCUGUCCAGCAGCAUCACACACGGAGGGGCUUGGCCUGCAGGGAUCCAGAUGUUGACCCCUCUGCACAGCCAGAGUUCCCCCCUGGGUCACAGCGGACCCCACGCCCGCUCCUCCAGAGGCUCCGCGGUGUCGGCCCUGCUCAGCUACGGCUCCACGCCCACCGGCAAGGCCCUCCUGGUCCCCAAGACUGAGGAACUUUCUCCUGUCCAGCUCUACAGCACGGACAGGAGCAGCCUCACAGUUAAUUUCCCAGGACAUCCAGGCCAAACGUCACCACCGAACCCUUUAGAUAAAGGUUCCAACCCUGAGUCCCCUCACACAUGCUUCUCAGGACACGGAAAGUUAGAAUUAAGUAAGCAAACAGAGACCAGGAGGAUAACUCACAUCUCCGCUGAGCAGAAGAGACGCUUCAACAUCAAACUUGGAUUCGACACAUUACAUAACCUUGUGACAACACUCAGCUCUCAGCCAAGCAUAAAGAUCAGCAAAGCCACCACACUGCAUAAGACGGCAGAGUAUAUCAGUAAGAUGCAGCAGGAGAGAGCUCAGCUGCACGACGAGGCUCAGAGACUCCGAGACGAGAUCCAGCUCCUCAACUCUGCCAUCAAUGUGUGCCAGCAGCAGCUGCCGGCCACCGGUGUGCCCAUCACACGGCAGCGCUUCGACCACAUGAGGCAGAAGUUCCGGGAGUACGUCCGGACACAAACGCUUCAAAACUGGAAGUUCUGGAUCUUCAGUAUAAUCAUUGAGCCGCUGUUCGAGUCCUAUAAUGGGAUGGUGUCCACAGCCAGUGUGGAGGACCUGUGCCGCUCCACUCUGUCCUGGCUGGACCAGCACUGUUCCCUGCCUGCUUUAAGACCCAUGGUUCUGAGCUCUCUCCGUCUCCUGAGUACCACCACGGCCAUACUGUCAGACCCCAGCCUGCUGCCGGAGCAGGCCACCCUCGCUGUGACCCAGGGCGACCACUCUGCGCUCCUGGAUACUCGGGACAAUGUACACCCCAUGUGACCCUGGAGAACAGACUCAGUGGAAACAUAGCAGUCCACUACCAUGCCGGACUACCGGAGUGUGCUAGUCAGAGGAGUGAUUUAAAAAAAGACUCGAGACUGUUAGUAAUGCAUAAUCACAUUCCAGAAAACUCACCAGCUGCAAAAAUAAUGUAUUCAGUACACCAAAAAAAGUCAUCGGAAAUUGUUGUGAUCCAUGCUUACGUUCUGAUAAAGUACUUUAGAUUAGAAGGGGAUGUCAGUCACUUUGAAUAGUUUUAUUUUCAUUUCUGUUGACAACUACUGUUGUAAUUUCGGAGUGUAAUCCUUGCCUUUAAUAACCAACACAUACAAUAUGUCAUAUUACACUU